AUCCCAGAAUUCCAUAACACUGAACCAUGGCAGUAACAGCGGUUUCAACCUGGAUUAUUCCUGCAAUGUGGGCGCAGCCAUAGUCAAACUACUAUAGUACUCUAAUGGCAAUACAGUGUGGGAAUGACUCAGAGAGGGUCUUCUUGGCUAUGGUACACCAUUUCUGUAAUGCCCUCCCCAUGUUAGUUUCUCUGAAUUACUGGAUCAAGACAAGUUGUUGUUAUUGUUGUUUUGUGCCUUCAAGUUGUUUCUGAGUUAUGGUGACGCUAAAGCGAACCUCUAUCAUAGGGUUUUCUUGUCAAGUUUCAUCAGAGGGAGGUUAGCUUUCUAUUAAAUCCCUUGUGGCCUAAUUUUAUGCAUGUAUGUCUCUUGUAAUAGUAGUAAUGUAGUAGUAGUAGAGAGCCAGCGUUAUCGUAUCUUUUUUGUUUGUAUUGUACUUUAUUUAUGUGGAAUUGUGGUGGCUUGUAGCUGUUAGCAAUAAACAUAGACAAAACUGCUGAGAGCAUUCAGGACUUACAAGUUUGCUUUUAGCCUUUUUUUCUGUCCCAGAUCUUAUUUGAUAAGUCCCAUCAUCCUUUCCCAAAACUAAUGGAAGCCGUAGGUGAAAUAGGCCUGAGGAACCCAGUCUAAAUCCAAAGGCAUCUUGGCUCCAGAUCUCCAUAUAUUGCCAUAUUUUGUCUGUUGAAUAAGGAUAAAUAACAGGUCUCCAGAGGUCAGAAUGCAUGGUUGAUAAUGGAUAUGGCAGCAGCUGUCAACGGAGAGGGAGGCAUUACUGCUUAUGACAAAUCAUCAAAGGCACAAGAUGGAAGACAUCAUGAGAUCGAAGCAAAAAUGAAACAUAUCAACUUGUCAUUUGCAGCCUGUGGGUUUCUGGGGAUCUACCACUUGGGGGCAGCAUCUGCUUUUUACAGACAUGGUAAGAAGUUAUUGAAGGUUGUCAAGGCCUUUGCAGGAGCUUCUUCUGGAUCUUUGAUUGCCACUGUUCUUUUAACGGUGCCAGAAAAUAUAGAGGAAUGUACAAAAAUUAUCUAUGAAUUUGCUGAAGAUACUAGGAAGCUGUAUUUUGGAGCCCUAACACCAGGCUUUGAUCUCAUGGCAAAACUUAGGGGCUGCAUUGAUUCGAUUCUCCCUCCUAAUGCACAUGAGAUAGCGGAAAAUCGUCUCUUUGUAUCAGUCACUAGUGCUAAAAAUGGAAAGAAUCAUUUGCUUUCAAAUUUUGCCUCCAGGGAGGAUCUUGUUAAGGUCCUUCUAGCCAGCAGUUUUAUUCCUCUGUAUGCAGGUAUCAAUCCAGUGGAUUAUAAAGGACAGAAAUGGAUCGAUGGUGGUUUAACCAAUGGCCUCCCCAUUCUGCCAGUGGGCCGAACUGUGACUGUUUCUCCCUUUUCUGGCCGACUAGACAUCUGCCCACAGGACAAAGGACGUAUGGAUGUCUAUGCUAAAGUUGCAAAACAAGACUUAAUGUUGUCCACAGCAAAUUUUGUAAGACUUCAUCAGGCCCUGUUUCCACCAGGCCAGGAGAAAAUGGAAUCACUAUACCAAGAAGGAUAUGACGAUGCUGUACAUUUUUUACUAAAGGAAAACUGGUUUGAAUAGAUUAUGUGUGGCAAAAAUUAACAAAGUCUGAUGGCUGUCAGAGUAAAGCUACAAAACACUCCACAGAGCCCAAGGGAUUGCUAUCACAAUUUCUGUUUAUCUAAAAUGAAUGCCAUAGGACUUACAUCUGUCACUGUCAAACAAGUGUUUAUAUAUAGGUGUGCUGGAUGGAAUUUGUAAACAGGUUCAAAUGCAAUGGAAUUGUGUAGUAGCAGUUCUGCUUUUUAAAAAAGAAUUGGAUUUUUGGGUUUGUUUGUUUGUUUGUUUUUGUUCUUGUGUCAUGUGAAUGCCAUAUAGUAUGCAAUAAUAAUUUAAGAAAUGUUCAAAUACGAUUUGCUGGUAUUAGUAAGAUUUGAGAUGUAUGCUUGGAUUAGGACAGAAAAUAGGAACUGUCAGCAGAGAGUUGCAUACUUGUGUUCUUUCUCAAUUAAUCCUGUUUGUGUGUCCAUUAAUUGACUUAUUCAUUUUCAUUUUUAAAUCCAGUUUCCCCCCUCCCCUGCUGGUGUACUCUCAAGCAUGAACUCUAAUUACAAAGAAGCUGUGGGAGACAAAACAGCUUAAUUGCAUAUCUUUUAAUUGUUAUGCGUAUGUGUUUUGCCAUUAGAACAUCUUGUUCUUCAAAUAAAUUCUAUAACUUUUUCAAUUUU